AAAUCUUUUUCUAGUAGAUAAGAGAUAAGAUGCAUGAUUUGUAGACAUUCAGUUUCAUAAUUACUUUUUUAAUAAUAGAAUGUUGAAAAAAUUGCUGGAUUAAGAUGGUUGUAAUUAAAAAUAUUUUUAACACUCUUACAGGAACAGUACUGUCAAGUCUUUCAGCAUCAAUGAUGCUUGGAACAAUCACUGUUUGGUCUUCACCUAUGAUACCUAAACUGUAUAAGAACAAUACGGAAAAUCCAUUUGGUUAUACAAUUACCAGUUCAGAAGACUCCUGGAUAGCAUCCAUAGUAAUUUUAGGAGCUUGCGUUGGAUGUUGGUGUUUUGGCUUACUCUCUAAUGUAGUUGGAAGAAAAGUUAUUUUCAGCUCUUUAGGAAUACCUGCUGCUGUUAGUUGUUUAGUAAUGGCGGCAUUUCCAAAAUUAUCAGUGUUUUUAAUAGCUAGAUUUUGUAUGGGACUUAGCAUAGGCGGAAUUUUUGAACUGGUAAUUACUUAUUUAAGUGAAAUAACUAGUAAAACUAACAGAUCUACAAUUAUGACAAGUAUCGGUAUGGCCCAAUCUAUAGGAGAUUUGUUUGUUUAUUCUGUUGGUCCCUGGGUCUCGGUAACAGCGUUUAAUUGCAUUAUAAUUCCAUUCCCGAUUAUAUUUACCAUUCUAGCUUGGAUAUUUUGUAAAGAAUCUCCUUAUUUUUAUCUUUUAAAAGGCCAAGAAGGACCAGCCAAAGAGUCUCUUGAAGCGUAUAGACCUCAUGGACACGAUAUUGAAACCGAAAUUAUAGAAAUUAAAGCGCAGAUUAGGGAACAACAACAAGGUAGAUUAUUGGACGUUAUUAGAACAAAAAAAUUCGCGAAAAGUUUUUUUAUGGGUAAUAUGCUUGUGAUUUUUCAACAACUUACCGGCGUGAAUUGCAUUCUUAUGUACAGUCAAAAAAUUUUCGAGUUAACGGCUGCCAAUUUAACUCCUGCAAUUUGUUCUAUAAUACUAGGCGCAAUGCAGCUCACAAGUGGUGCGAUGUGUCCAGUAUUGGUAAAUUUUUUUAAUAAGAAAACAAUCUUAACUUUUUCUGCUAUAGGAAUGAUUAUUUCACAAGUAGUUUUAGGAACAUAUUGCAUAUUCGAUAAUUCCGGACAUGACAUGACGAGUUUAAGGUUUAUCCCAAUCGUUACAUUAACUUUAUUUAUUUUUAGCUACAAUUCUGGAUUCGGAGCUCUUUGCUGGUUAGUUGCCAGUGAAGUAUAUCCAGCUAGAGUAAAAAGUUUAGCAUUAUCGUUUACUAUAUUUAUUUUUUUCGUUAUGGGCUUUUUUAUUGCUAAGUAUUUUCAAGCCGUAGUUCAAUCUUUGGGAAUAGGUACUUUGUUUUAUUUUUUUAGCGGAUGUUGCGUUGUAGCAAUAGUUUUUAUUCACGUGUUUGUUGUUGAAACCCGUGACAAAUCUUUAGAAGAAAUACAAAAUAUGUUAGGUGAAUCAAAGAAUCUUAAACAUAAGAAUGCGGAUAAUUCUGCAAUUAAGUCGCCUGUGAACAAAAUGUGAAAUCAUUUUAAUUUUUUAAUGUAUUUGUGAUUGUUAGGUUAACUAUUAAGAAACUAUUUUUAUAAAAAAAAUAUAAAUUUAUAUUAAUAAAGAAUUGUGACUUACUGUUUUAA